AACGUUUACAUUAAAACUGUGACCUAAUGACUAUGGCAGAAGGUACUGACCCUAUGGGGCAUCAUGCAGCAUCCCAUCACAACCACCACCACCAUCAUCAUCAGCAGCAUCAUCGCCAGCAGGAGCAACAACAGCACCACCACCACCACUAUCAACAACAUCAAACAGCCUCGCCUCAGUAUGAAAGCUAUACUCACUUGCCGUAUGGAUUGCCACACAAUCUGCCAUUGGCCUUAAGUUUACAUCAGCAGGCAGCAGCAGCUGCAGCUGUGGCAGCCGCUGCUGUUACCACCAAUAACAAUAAUACCCGCGAAGAAGAUAAUACCAACAAUAAUAACAACAACAGUAGCACAAAUAAUUCUUCAAAUUCUCUAAGUAAUCCCACAAUGCCUUGGAAGCAAAGGAAACGUAAACGUUUAUCGGCAGUCUUGGACAAAUUACAUCAUCACAAUAGUUCUAGUAGCAGUAACAACAACAACAACAGCGGCAGCAGUACCAAUAACAUGGAUAUUGAAAAUGAAUAUCAGGAUGAUCUGGUCAUUGAUAAACACGAUCUCAAGAAAGAGGCUAACAACAACAACAAUGAUGACGAUGAUGGCAACGAUGUUAAAAUGUCAUCAUCACCACGUGACCGCACCAGUUUAAGUGACUCGGAGGAACUGAGGAAUGUGGAGGAUGGCGAUGUGGCUGAGUCGGGCGAAGAAAUGUCCAUUAGUGGUGACAAUGAAGGUAGCCCCAGGAUUAGCCUGAGUCCAGUGGACCACAAAAACAAUAAUAACAACAACAGCUCCAUGGAUACAACCCUACCUGCGGCAAAGUUCAUCAAAACGGAAACGGAACCUCAAAAUCCUCUCACCGUUGACAUUAAGACUGAGCCACAUCUACCCAAUAGCCCCUAUGAUCGUUACUUCCCCAUACCCUCACCAUUGUUUGGUUACUAUUUGCACACCAAAUAUCUAAAUGAAGUAUUUCGAAGGAGACAGGAUCUCCAUACCUCGCCCAUGCAGCACACACCCUCGUCAAUAGCCUCCUCGCAAAUGGAUGAAACCUCACCCUCGUCCAAGGCAGAGCUGAAGGAAUACCAUCAAAAAAUGGAAAGAUCUCAUGAAAUGCCCGAGUUUAUGCCCACAUCGAAUUUGUCGCCACCGCACAGUGUCACAAUGGCGCUGCCAUCACCACCACGUAGUGAAACGUCGAUAAGUGAGACAACAGCGGCCAAUACAUCUGAUCCCGCCAUAAUGCCACCACCACAAGAGCGGCCCUUGGACUUGUCGGUACGCAGUGGCGGCAAUACACCAACGGGAGAGUUGUUGGCCAGUGGGCCUGGCGGUGGCAACAACAGCAACAACAAUGCCAAGAAGUACAAAUCACCUUCUCCGCUGCCGGCAACCACAAUGAUGUUGCCACCCAGCCAACAACCGAUCUCAGCAGCCAUGUCACCAUCCGGUUCGGGCCACAAUAAUAGCAGUAACAGCAGCAGUGGGUGUAACACAAGUGCUACCAACACCAUGACUACAAGUGGCGCCUCUUCGGCCCCCGUCUCGCCGUAUGGAUUGUCUCAUGCUGCCGCCGCCCAUGCUGCAGCCGCAGCAGCUGCCGCAGCCAUGAUUAAAUUGGAAAUGCCAAUGCAUCCUUUGCAUCAUCACGCCCACAACUCCACAGUGGGUGUACCGGUCAUCAAGGGAGAUGUGGCUUCACCCACGACCAAAGAAUCUGUUGCUUGGCGUUAUAAUUUGGAUGUUUCGCCUGUGGUCGAAGAAAUGCCACCCGGUUCCGAUGUGGCCUAUGUGUGCCCCGUAUGUGGUCAAAUGUUUUCGCUGCAUGAUCGCUUGGCCAAACACAUGGCCUCACGGCACAAGUCCCGCAACCCCUCGAAUGAUAUUGCCAAAGCUUAUUCGUGUGAAGUUUGUAAUCGUUCCUUUGCCCGCUCUGAUAUGUUGACCCGUCACAUGCGUUUGCAUACGGGCGUAAAACCCUACACCUGUAAGGUAUGUGGCCAGGUGUUUUCGCGUUCCGAUCACUUGUCCACCCAUCAGCGCACCCACACCGGUGAAAAGCCCUACAAAUGCCCACAAUGUCCAUAUGCUGCCUGUCGACGAGAUAUGAUUACCCGCCACAUGCGUACCCAUACCCGCUACGAAUCACAACAACAACGUCAGGGUGGUGGCCCAAGUGGUCAUCAUCCGAUGGGCGGUGAAAAUAAGCCCACCAUACCGCUGUUGGCCGAUAUGAAAAUGAAUUUGCCGAUGAUGUUGAAAUCGGAAGACUAUACCCGGACAUCGCCGCUUAACAAUAGCAUUGGUGCUACUUUGCCCAUCGUGGUGAAGACGGAGAGUGCCUAGUUAAGCGCCGCUGCCCAUGCUCAUGGUCUGUGGUAUGUUAAUCCGCAAAGCUUUCGUUAUAGAGAAAGCUUUUAUGCAUGCAAAUGAUAUUAGUUGAAAA